AUGCUGUCGCGAGGAAUGUCCGCUACUGCCGAUGCUUACUUAACUCCCAUCGUUCAAAAGUAUAUCCAAGGCUUUCAGAAGGGGUUCUCAGAUCGCUUACAGUCCACCAAUACGCACUGUGAGUUUAUGCAAAGCCAUGGUGGCUUAGUAGACGUCAGAAAGUUCUCUGGUCUUCGUGCUGUCCUCUCGGGACCUGCUGGCGGUGUAGUCGGCUAUGCUCGGACUGCUCACGACCCAGAGGACAAGACUCCUGUCAUUGGCUUCGAUAUGGGCGGAACCAGCACGGAUGUUUCCAGAUUCGACGGCUCCUUCGAACAUACCUUUGAGAACAUGACUGCAGGUAUCUCAAUCAUGGCACCGCAGCUGGACAUCAACACCGUGGCGGCUGGUGGUGGUAGUAAGCUCUUCUGGAGGCAUGGUCUCUUCGCGGUCGGUCCCGAUUCAGCUGGCGCCCAUCCUGGCCCAGCCUGCUAUAGGAAAGGAGGCCCGCUCACAAUUAGCGAUGCCAACGCGUUCACUGGUAGCCUGUUGCCCGACUAUUUCCCAAAAAUCUUUGGGAAAGGUGAGGAUGAGCCUCUCAACAUCGAGGUCACCAAGGUUAUGUUUACUGAGCUUGCUGAGCAAAUCUCGCGAGAAACGGGACAAAGCAAGAGUCCUGAAGAAGUUGCGAUUGGUUUCAUCGACGUAGCCAAUGAAAGCAUGGCCAAACCAAUUAGGGCUUUAACGGAAGCUCGAGGAUUCGAUACUGCUCAACACACCUUGGCCUGUUUUGGUGGUGCAGGAGGUCAGCACGCAUGCGCUAUUGCUGCGUCGCUUUCCAUACGAAGGGUGAUCAUUCACCGAUACUCAUCGAUCCUAUCUGCCUAUGGCAUGGCACUCGCCGAUGUCGUACAUGAAGUGCAGAGACCGGCUUCCGGGGGUUUCACCACCGUGGCAUCUAUCCAGGCGAUCAUCGAUGACAUGAGGGCCGAAGUUGAGAAAGAACUGAUCGUGGAUGGUAUCGCAAAGAACCGCAUCCAUUGUGAGGUCUAUCUCAACCUCCGAUACAAAGUCACAGACAACAGUCUCAUGAUCCUAGAGCCUGCAGACAAAGACUUCCUAGCCGAGUUCACUCGUCAGCAUCAGAGAGAAUAUUCCUUCACUUUCCCCGAGAAAGACGUCCUGAUGGAUGACAUCCGGGUCAGAGGCAUUGGCUACUCGAUGGAGCAAAACAUCGAAUCCCCAUACCCAGAACUCCACUCACUUCAGAAAUUCGAUGCGACGCCCAGCGAUUCCAUCGCAAAAUCGGAUUUGUACUUUGCGCACCACGGGUGGGUUUCAUCGCCGAUUUAUCUGCUCCAGAACCUGAAACCUGGUUGUAUGGUCCAAGGACCGGCCACGAUCAUUGACAAGACGCAAACCCGCAUCGUCGAGCCACUAGUCAGAGCAACCAUUCUCGGCAGCCAUGUCGUCCUGGACCUGCCGGCAAAGACCACGACCACGCUGUCCAAAACUACCAUCGACCCCAUCAAAUUGUCCAUCUCCGGACACCGCUUCAUGUCGAUCGCCGAGCAGAUGGGUCGGACCUUCCAGAAAACAGCCGUGUCGACAAAUAUCAAGGAGCGUCUGGAUUUUUCUUGCGCAAUGUUCUCGCCUGAUGGCUCUCUAGCAGUCAAGUUCCAGGCCGAGAAGCACCGAGGAACUCUCAAGCCUGGAGAUGUACUCUGCAGCAACCAUCCACUGGCUGGUGGCGUUCAUCUUCCAGACAUAACAAUCAUCACCCCAGUAUUCGAUGCAGAGGGACAGAACAUCAUAUUCUGGGUUGCCUCCCGAGGACAUCAUUCUGAUGUCGGCGGAAUCAGUCCUGGUUCUAUGCCGUCAAAUAGCAAAUUCCUGUAUGAAGAAGGCGCCGCCAUCAUCAGCUUGAAAAUUGUCAGUGGUGGUGUCUUCGACGAGGAGGGAUGUCGUCGCUACUUGUACGACGAGCCUUCCCAGUUCAAAGGCUGCAGUGGAUCGCGUAACUACAGAGACAACUUGUCGGACCUGAGGGCGGCAAUCGCCGCAAACAAGAAGGGUGCCAAUUUGAUCGAUGCUCUCGUUAGAGAGUUUUCCAUCCCCAUUGUCCACCUUUACAUGGACGCCAUUGGCGAGAAUGCUGAAAUUGCAGUCCGCUCCUUUUUCCGUCGCGUGGCCAAGGAGCGCAAUGGAAAACCCUUGUCCUUCGAAGAUUACAUGGACGAUGGCUCAGUCAUCAGAUUGGAGAUCGGUAUCGACUCGGAGAGUGGAAGUGCGGAUUUCGAUUUCACCGGAACCUCGCAGGAGACGAUGAACUGCCUGAAUGCGCCCAAAGCCAUCACUUAUUCUUGCGUCAUCUACUCUCUUCGCUGUCUUAUCAACCUGGACAUUCCUUUGAACCAAGGGUGCUUGGCCCCCACGCAGAUCAUUAUUCCUGAGCACACGAUUCUGAACCCAUCUAGACAUGCCGCUGUGUGCGCAGGGAAUAGUAUCACCAGCCAGCGUAUCACCGAUGUGAUUCUGGGAGCUUUCCAUGCCAUCGCGGCAGGCCAAGGCUGUGUGAAUGUGUUUAGUUUUGGUUUCGGGGGCACCGACGACACUGGCAGGGAGGUCCCUGGCUUCGGCUACAUCGAAACCAUAGCCGGAGGCUCUGGGGCAGGACCCUCCUGGCAUGGCACGUCCGGCGUCCACGUCAACUCCACGAACACACAAUGCGCUGACCCUGAAGUGUACGAGCUUCGUUAUCCUGUCAUCCUGCGCCGAUGGACACUUCGAGAAGGUUCGGCCGGUCAAGGCAAGUUUCGUGGAGGGCAAGGCUGUAUCCGCGAUGUCGAGUUCCGCAUUCCCCUGCACGUUUCCAUGCUCAGCGAGCGUCGAGUCAUCCGCCCAUACGGAAUGGCCGGUGGUGGACCUGGCGGCGCCGAGGUUAAUUUGUAUGUGAAGAAAGAGACCAAUGAGACUGAGAGAGUCAUCAAUAUCGGUGGAAAGAUGGAGUUGAACGUUUCUCCAGGAGAGCGUUUGAUCAUCAACACACCUGGUGGUGGUGCAUGGGGUGCUCUUGACCAAGACAACGUCAAUGAGGCCAUCAAUGGCGUUUCAUAUACGACUUCGGCUAACGGGAACCACUUUGAACCUCGAGGAAGUGUGCACAACUGGAGAUUGAUUGCGGAGGGGGUAUAG